AUGGCACAGCAGGGCAAGGAGGAGGACUGCUACUGCGACGCCGAUGACGACGACUACGAGGGCUACUGCAGCACAGAGGGGGACAGCGAGUACGGCGGCGGCGUCAGUGAUGACGACGACGGCGACCAGCAGGCCAUGGAAACGAACGAUGACGACGACAAGGAGCGCGGCGAGGGCUACAAUUUCGAGACCGAGGACGACGUGCGCAGGUGCCAGGACGAGGUCACGGCGAGGAUGUCCGAGCUGCUGUCGGUCCCGCGGGGCUUCGCCGCCGCGCUCCUGCGGCACUGCCGGUGGGACGCCGAGCAGCUGCAGAACGAGUGGUUCUCCGACGAGCGGCGCAUACGCGGCGCCGUCGGCAUGGCGGCGGGGCGCGGCGGCGCCGUCCCCACGGCGCUCAACGACCGGCCCCUCGACUGCGGCAUCUGCUUCGACCGCUACGCCCCUGGCGAGAUGCGGUCGGCGGGGUGCCCGCACUACUACUGCCACGAGUGCUGGCGCGGCUACAUCGGCGCGGCGGUGGGCGACGGCCCGCGGUGCCUGCUGCUGCGGUGCCCGGACCCGCGGUGCCCGGCGCCCGUCGUGCGGGAGCUGGUCGACGCGGCGGCCGCCGGCGCCGACCGCGCGCGGUACGCGGUGUUCGUGGUCCGGUCGUACGUGGAGGAGGGCACGAGCAAGUACGUCCGGUGGUGCCCGGGGCCCGGGUGCGCCCUCGCCGUCCGGUCCCGGCCGGGGUCCCGUCCGUACGAGGUGGCGUGCGCGUGCGGGCACGUCUUCUGCUUCCGGUGCGGCGAGGACGCGCACCGGCCGGCGUCGUGCGACACGGCGCGCGCGUGGGUGGCCAAGUGCCGGUCCGACGGGGAGACCUCCAGCUGGGUGCUGGCCAACACGAAGCACUGCCCCAGGUGCCGGCGCGCCAUCGAGAAGAACCAGGGGUGCAACCACAUGACGUGCGGCGCCCCCUGCAAGCACCAGUUCUGCUGGCUCUGCCUCGGCCCCUGGGAGAACCACGCCGGCAACAACUACCACUGCAACCGCUACGCGGCGGACCGGUCGGAGUUCACCGGCGAGAAGGCGCAGCGGUGGCAGGGCCGGGCGUCGCUGGAGAGGUUCCUGCACUACUACGAGCGCUGGACGGCGCACGCCGCGUCGCUGGCCAAGGCGCGGCAGGACCUGGACGGCCUGCGCUGCGGCGGGCUGGACCGGUUCGCCGGCGCCGUGGGCGUCCCGCCGACGGAGCUGGAUUUCCUCGCGGAGGCGUACGCGCAGGUCGUCGAGCGCGCGGCGGGUGCUGCGGUGGACGGCGAGGCCGAGGGGUCGCUGGAGCGGCUGCACGACUGCGCCGAGCAGGAGAGGAACCAGCUCAAGGAUUACCUGGCCGUCUACGGCGACUUCUGCCCCGCCGGGUACGCCGCCGGCAAGUUCGCCGAGUUCAGGGAGAAGCUCUCCAACCUCAACCUUGUGACGCGGAACCACUUCAGCAAGCUCGUGGAGGGGUUCGAGUCCGGCAUGGCCGAGGUCGUGUCGUGA